AUGAUGAUGAUGCUGGUCAUGGUGAUGACAAUACUGACGAUGAUGGUAACGAGGGUGUGCGAGUUCGACAACAACCGGAAGCGGAUGUCUGUGGUGGUUCGACUGCCAAACGGCCAGAUCAUGCUGUAUACCAAAGGAGCGGACAGCAGCGUCCUCCCGUUCAUGGCAGAAGCCGAGCUCUCCUCCGAAAGACGCCUCUGUGAAGAGCAUUUGACGAUCUUCGCGCGGCAAGGACUGCGGACGCUGUGCCUUGCGCAGCGCGUCGUCAGUGAAGACGAGCAUGCAGAGUGGCACAAGCGCUACGAGGUGGCCAAAGCUUUAGUCACCGAGGACAAGGCCGACAAAAUUCACGAGUUGGUCGUGGAGCUGGAAACGAAGCAUCCUUUGAAGCUUCUGGGCGCCACUGCCAUUGAGGACCGCUUGCAGGACCAGGUCGCAGAUACGAUUGCGCAGCUACGAGCUGCGGGUAUCCGCGUCUGGGUGCUCACCGGCGAUAAGGUGGACACGGCGAUCUCCAUUGCCAUGUCAUGCCAACUGCUGACCGAAGAUAUGGAUAAUUACGUCCUCGACGGGGACUCCGACCAGCCGCUUUUCGAAGUCCUGACUGAAGCCUUGACAGCUGACCGGCCGGCCCUGACCAUCGCAGGCUCCCGUCUGGCGGAAGCUCUCGAGACCGAAGAGGACCGAGAACUUCUCUUCAAAGUUGGGCAACGCUGCAGUUCCGUGAUCUGCUGCCGCGUCUCGCCGAAGCAGAAAGCGGAUGUUGUCGACCUCGUCAAAUCUUUGGACAAAUCGUCUGUGACGCUCUCAAUUGGUGAUGGCGCCAACGAUGUGUCCAUGAUCGUUGCUGCGCACGUGGGUGUUGGCCUUUCCGGGAAGGAAGGCGCGCAAGCAGCCUACGCCGCCGACUUCGCUCUGCCCGAGUUUCGGUUGCUGAAGCCGUCUAUUUUCGCCCAUGGGCGCGAGGCAUACCGCAGAAAUGCGAUCGUCUGCCUGUACAGCUUCUACAAGAACCAGGUUAAUGUUCUCAUCACGAUUUUUGCCGCGGCUGGGAAUGCCUUCUCGGGCAGCAACGUGGUGGAUCCGUUUCUGAUGCAAUGUUACAACCUUGUGCAUUGCCACCUGCCACUCUUCCUUUACGGCAUGUACGAUAGGCCGGUCGCUGGCCGGGGAGAGGAGAAAUUAGAGGAGGGAAAGCAGCCGUGA